AUGGCGCCAAUUGAAGUGGAAAGCGAAGUACAAGGCACUGCAGCUACUGGAGGCACUGACCAAGGAGAACCUCGUAAAGACAAUGAACUGAAUGAAGUGGAUUUUGAUAUUCGAAAUUCAGAUAGGGAAGGUAAUGUUCAAUUUGUUCAUACACGGGCUCCUUCGAAUAAUAUUCCAAGCAAUACUACACCUUCGACCUUAUCGUCAACAAGCUCUGCAAAUAUAAACAGCAUUACUUUGGUUACAACAAGUGACGUUGGUUUGCCAAUAAGCACAGCAAACACAUCGUCAACGCAAGUGACUACUGAAACCACUACUGAGUAUUACAGAGGCUACCCAUUAAACCUAAAAGCACUUCUAGGAAAAUUUGGAGAUGGUGUACUAUCUCAAUAUUAUGAACGAAGUAGAGUUUCAACGCAGAAUCGCCAGAAAGCUAGGGUUUUUGUCAAGUGUUGCAUCUGUGGUGAAUUCGAAGAGGAAGCAAAGCGCUUUUCAGCUAAUGGUAGAGUGUACAUGAAUCUUCCUAAUCUGAGUUCAUAUGCGGAACGUGACUUCGUAAAGAAGUUUUUUACAUCGGACUGCUGA